GACCUUUCGAAAAGAAAGGCAGCCCCCCCGAUAUAUAAAGAAAAUGAGGAGAAGAUCAAAUGGUGCAAACAAAGGACCAAAUCUUAGGCAACUCAUUGCUCAUUGUUAACCUUCUCUCUUCCUUGAUUCUGAUGGGUUCUUUUUCCUCCAAGGCUUCUUCUUCCUCCAAGGAGGCCAAAAGGAGUUACGAUGUAAUGGCUUCUUCUUCCUCCUGAGGAGCCCAAAAGGAGUUACGAUGUAAUGGCUUCUUCUUCCUCCAAGAAGCCCAGAAGGAGUUACGAUGUCUUCCUGAGUUUCAGAGGUCCAGAUGUCCGCAAUCACUUUCUCAGUCAUCUCUACGCAGCUCUAGAUCAAGUAGGGAUAUCCACUUACAUCGACAAUGAAGAGCUGAGGAAGGGAGAACAAAUAUCACCUGCACUUAUGCAAGCGAUCGAGGAAUCGCAAAUUGCAAUUGUGGUUUUCUCUGAGAACUACGCCUCUUCAACAUGGUGUUUGGAAGAGAUAUCGAAAAUCAUGGAGUGCAAGGAGAAAAAAGGCCUCAACGUCCUUCCGGUGUUUUACAAAGUAGAACCAAGAGAAGUGAGAGGGCAGAAACAGAGCUAUGGAAAAGCUAUGGGUGAGCAUGAGGUCAAGUUUGGGAAGAAUUCGGAGCAAGUAAAGAGAUGGAAGAAAGCUCUCUAUGAUGCUGGCGGCUUGUCCGGGUGGCCAUAUACUGAUGGAAAUGAAGCGGGGUUUAUACAACAUAUCGUACAGGAGAUCUCAACUCAACUGGAUCGAACGCCAUUAAAUGUAGCCAUGUUUCCGGUGGGGAUAGAUUCCCGAGUACAAGAGCUUAAAACAAUCUUAAAUCUACAGUCCAAGGAUGAUGUUCUUAUGGUAGGAUUAUGGGGACAAGGAGGUGUGGGGAAGACAACCCUUGCCAAAGCCAUUUAUAACGCUAUUUUUAGGGAGUUUCAAUGUGCUAGUUUCUUGGAACGCAUUCGAGAAAAUUCCAAAAAAUCCAUUGAUUUGGUUCCUUUGCAAGAAAAAUUGUUAUUGCAGGUAUUACCGGGGAAGAAAUUAGCAGUCUACAGUGUUGGUGGAGGAAGUCAAUUAAUUCAAGAUAAACUUUGUAAUAAGAAAGUUCUCAUCAUUCUCGAUGAUGUUGAUGAUGCAUUCCAGUUAAAUGCUUUAGCCGGAGGUUGUGAGUGGUUCGGUAAAGGAAGUAGGAUAAUUAUCACAACAAGAAAUAAGCAUCUACUAACUUCUCAUGGGAUAGAUCAGGGUCAUAUAUAUGAAGUUAAAGCUCUUGAGGAUGGUGACGCUGUUGAACUUUUUAGAAAGCAUGCUUUUCGAGGAAAUCAAGAAAUAGAAAUAAGUAGGAAUCUUGUUCAUCAGGUAUUACGUUAUGCAAGAGGCCUUCCUUUGCCUCUUGAGGUGUUGGGUGCUUUCUUGUGUGGUAGAAGAGAACCUGAAUGGGAAAGUACCCUACAAAAACUUGCCAAAAGUCCUGAUAAAAAGAUCAACGAUGUGUUAAAGGUAAGUUAUGAUGGAUUGGAGCCUUAUGCAAAGGAGAUUUUUCUGCACAUUGCCUGUUUCUUCAAGGGGAGGAGUAAGGAAUACAUUAAGAAAGUUCUUGAUAGUUGUGAAUUUGACACAACCAUUGGAAUAAAAAUUCUCAUUGAGCGCUGCUUGAUUAGUGAAGAGGUAGAGAAAAUACAAAUGCAUGACUUAAUACAAUUAAUGGGUAUGGAUAUUGUUAAAGAUGAAGAUCGUGAUGAUCCCAUAAACCGCAGUAGAUUAUGGCUUCGUGAUGAUGUUCUUGAUGUUCUAUCAGAAGAUAAGGAAACAAAAGCAAUAAAAGCCAUAGUCUUGCAGCUACCAAAGCCAGAAGAUAUGUAUAUUGGUCCUGAUGCUUUCACAAAGAUGAAAAACUUGAGGUUGCUCAUCUUGUUUAAUGUAAAUAAUUCUAUUCAAGGUCCCAUUCAUCUCCCUAAUGGGUUAAGGUGGUUUGAAUGGCCUAAUUGUGGUUCGACCCUAGAAUUUAGCCAUGGUUCAAAGAAAUUAGUCGGACUUGAUAUGCGGAAUAGCAAGAUCAAGGUAGCGCCCAGACACUUUAAGGACCUCGAAAAUUUGAAGUUCAUUAAUUUCCAUUCAUGCCAGUCACUGGUUUGUAUGCCGGACAUCAGCUGUACUCCAAGUCUCACGGAAUUGAAUCUUAGUGAGUGCAAAAGCUUGGAGCUUGUCCACGAAUCAAUUGCAUAUCAUGACAAUUUGCAAUUGUUGAGUUUGAGUGGGUGCUCAAACUUCAUCAUUUCCCCAAUGUACUCCGGUCCAAGAAUCUUCUACUUCUUGAUCUCAAUUAUUGCCCAAAAUUGCAAAGAUUCCCUGAUAUUCCAGAUAAAAUCAAAGGCUUGCGUAAAAUUGGUUUAAUCGGAACUUCAAUUGAGGAACUUCCUGCAUCCAUAGAAAAUCUUGUCUCUUUGAAAACUAUAGAUUUAUCCCAUUGUAAGAAACUGGCAAUCCUUCCACCUAGCAUUUAUAAAUUGGAAAAUCUUAAAACUCUAUACCUUUCAAAUUGCUCAAAACUAAUGAAGUUUCCAAAAAAGGAGGAGGAUUCAAGUGAUCCCCAUGCAAAGACGGGAUUUCCUCGGUUACAGUAUUUAACCUUUAAUGGAUGCAAUCUAUCAGAAGUAGAGUUUCUAGAGAAUCCUUCAUGUUUUCCUCACUUAAAUUGGUUGGAUGUUUCGGGUUGUCACCAACUAAAAGAGAUUCUCAAGAUUCCAAGGAAAUUGCACUCUGGAAGCAAAUGAUUGCAAAUCUCUGAGUAAAAUUCCCUCCGACAUACAUCAUGUCCAGCAUGCUUACUUACCUUUAUGUCCUAAAUUGGUCAACAAUGGAUCGACCAUGAAUGAUUUGGUCAACCUUGAGCAUUUUUAUCCUAGAGGCCAUUUUCUUCUACCUGGAGGAGAGAUGCCAUGGUGGUUGCUCCCUAAUAAAGAGGGUUAUUUAUCUUUCACGGCUUCAAAGGACUUGUAUAAGAAGAUUGUGGCAUUAGUUGUUAGUGUUGUAUUCCGCAAAGAACGCACGGGCUAUAAUCAAUUUUAUCUUGAAUCAUUCGUUAAUGGCAAAGAGAUGAGGUAUUCCGAUCAUGGUGAGUAUGACUAUCCAGUGUCAUGUUUGGACCAUGUGUGGCUUGACCGUUGGGAACCGUGCGAGCUGUGGGGAGGACUAGAAGAUGCCUUUGGCGCAAAUGACAGGAGCCAAUUCCAAGUUAUGAUUACAGCAAGAGGGACCGGUGCAAUUGUGACAAAGUGUGGAUUCCGCCUAAUAUGCAAGCCACUAGAGGAGGAUUUGGAGAUUUUGCUUAAAGAUGAUCAAUUGCUAGAUCCAGCUUUAGUUUACGAGAUUCGGAAUGAAGAUUGUCAAACAAGUUUAGAGGAAGCUUAUUUUGCCAAACCAGGCCUAGCUACGCAGGACACAUCCACAGUUGAGAGGUGUAGGUAUUCCUUACUUCCUCUUGAUGACCAACAUGUUAGCCCUAGAGGAGAGAUACCGGAGGAGUUUAUCCUUGUUGAAGAUGGUACCAUAUCUUUCAUGGCUUCACAGGACUUGUAUUACAAGUUCCGAGAAUUGGCUCUCUGUGUUGUUGUUGGUGUAGAAGGUGGAGAAAAGGAAAUAUCUUUUGACAUCGUGCCGCAUAUUCACGAUCAAAGGCGGAAUGGGCUAUCAGGUACUCUUGGUUCAUUUGAUUCGGAUCAAGUGUGGAUUCAGUAUCUUGUACCAAAUACGCUGUGGGGAGUGUUGGAGGGAGAAGUUGAUUUUGGGCAAUUUAACGAGAGAUAUUUACGAUUUAGCGUUAAACUUAGUCUAUCGGGUGGAACAGUGAAAAGGUUGGGAUAUGUGCUCAUAUGCACACAACUAGAGGAUGAUUUAAAGGCGAUCAUUGCAGAUAAUCAAUUAAUGGAUCCAGCUGCACUUUGGGAGGAUACAACAUAUU